UUGUGGAGCAGCCGACCUCGCGCCCCCACCGCCAGAACUGGAGUGACAAACAGAGAGGAGUGGGGAAAGCCAAGUGCUACGCCCAGGAACGAAGAGUCUGAUCAAAGUCGCAGAACGGAACUGGGGAGAGGGACUGGAAAGAGAAGGCCAGCAAGGAAACCUAGGAACAGAGGGGUCUCUCGGAAGGGGGCUACGAAGGCCGGGGCAGGUGGGCCCCAUGGUUAUGAAUGUGUUUCAAUUUCAUAAUGCCUCCUGCUAUGGCAGACAUCCUUGACAUCUGGGCAGUGGAUUCACAGAUAGUAUCUGAUGGCUCCAUACCUGUGGAUUUCCUUUUGCCCACUGGGAUUUAUAUCCAGUUGGAGGUACCUCGGGAAGCUACCAUUUCCUAUAUUAAACAGAUGUUAUGGAAGCAAGUUCACAAUUACCCAAUGUUUAACCUCCUUAUGGAAAUCGACUCCUAUAUGUUUGCAUGUGUGAAUCAAACUGCUGUAUAUGAGGAGCUUGAAGAUGAAACAAGAAGACUCUGUGAUGUCAGACCUUUUCUUCCAGUUCUCAAAUUAGUAACAAGAAGUUGUGACCCAGGGGAAAAAUUAGACUCAAAAAUUGGAGUCCUUAUAGGAAAAGGUCUGCAUGAGUUUGAUGCCUUGAAGGAUCCUGAGGUGAAUGAAUUCCGAAUAAAAAUGCGAAAAUUCAGUGAGGAAAAGAUUCAGUCACUUGUGGGAUUGUCUUGGAUGGAUUGGCUAAAGCAGACAUAUCCACCAGAGCAUGAACCCUCCAUCCUUGAAAACUUAGAAGAUAAACUUUAUGGAGGAAAGCUCAUUGUGGCUGUUCAUUUUGAAAAUUGUCAGGAUGUGUUUAGCUUUCAAGUAUCUCCUAAUAUGAAUCCUAUCAAAAUAAAUGAAUUGGCAAUCCAAAAACGUUUGACUAUUCAUGGGAAAGAAGAUGAAGUUAGCCCUUAUGAUUAUGUGUUACAAGUCAGCGGAAGAGUAGAAUACGUGUUUGGUGAUCACCCACUAAUUCAGUUCCAGUAUAUCCGGAACUGUGUAAUGAACAGGACCUUGCCCCAUUUUAUACUUGUGGAAUGUUGCAAGAUCAAAAAGAUGUAUGAACAGGAAAUGUUUGCCAUAGAGGCUGCCAUAAAUCGAAAUUCAUCUAACCUUCCCCUUCCUUUACCACCAAAGAAAACGCGAAUUAUUUCUCAUGUUUGGGAAAAUAACAACCCUUUUCAAAUUGUCUUGAUUAAGGGAAAUAAACUUAACACAGAAGAAACUGUAAAAGUUCACGUCAGAGCUGGCCUUUUUCAUGGUACUGAACUCCUGUGUAAAACCAUCGUAAGCUCAGAGAUAUCAGGGAAAAAUGAUCACAUUUGGAAUGAACCGCUGGAAUUUGAUAUUAAUACUUGUGACCUGCCACGAAUGGCUCGAUUAUGUUUUGCUGUUUAUGCAGUUUUGGAUAAAGUGAAAACAAAGAAAUCAACAAAAACUAUUAAUCCCUCUAAAUAUCAGACCAUCAGGAAAUCUGGGAAAGUGCAUUAUCCAGUAGCGUGGGUAAAUACGAUGGUUUUUGACUUUAAAGGACAAUUGAGAUCUGGAGAUGUAAUAUUGCACAGCUGGUCUUCGUUUCCUGAUGAACUUGAAGAAAUGUUGAAUCCAAUGGGAACUGUUCAGACAAAUCCGUAUACUGAAAAUGCAACAGCUUUGCAUAUCAAAUUCCCAGAGAAUAAAAAACAACCUUAUUAUUACCCUCCCUUCGAUAAGAUUAUCGAAAAGGCAGCUGAGAUUGCAAGCAAUGAUAGUGCUAAUGUAUCAAGUCGAGGUGGAAAAAAGUUUCUUGCUGUACUGAAAGAAAUCUUGGACAGGGAUCCCUUGUCUCAACUGUGUGAGAAUGAAAUGGAUCUUAUUUGGACUUUGCGACAAGACUGCAGAGAGAAUUUCCCACAGUCACUGCCAAAAUUAUUGCUGUCGAUCAAGUGGAAUAAACUUGAGGAUGUUGCUCAGCUUCAGGCACUACUUCAGAUUUGGCCUAAACUGCCACCCCGGGAGGCCCUGGAGCUUCUAGAUUUCAACUAUCCAGAUCAAUACGUGCGGGAGUAUGCUGUGGGCUGCCUGCGACAGAUGAGUGAUGAAGAACUCUCUCAAUAUCUUUUACAACUGGUACAAGUUUUAAAAUAUGAGCCUUUUCUGGAUUGUGCCCUCUCUAGAUUCCUGUUAGAAAGAGCACUUGCUAAUCGGAGGAUAGGGCAGUUUCUAUUUUGGCACCUUAGGUCAGAAGUGCACAUUCCUGCUGUCUCCAUACAAUUUGGUGUCAUCCUUGAAGCAUACUGCCGGGGGAGUGUAGGGCACAUGAAAGUGCUUUCCAAGCAGGUUGAAGCACUCAAUAAGUUAAAAACUUUAAAUAGUUUAAUCAAACUGAAUGCAAUGAAGCUAAACAGAGCCAAAGGGAAAGAGGCCAUGCACACUUGUUUAAAACAGAAUGCUUACCGGGAAGCCCUCUCUGACCUGCAGUCGCCUCUGAACCCGUGUGUCAUCCUCUCAGAACUGUAUGUUGAAAAGUGUAAAUACAUGGAUUCCAAAAUGAAGCCUUUGUGGCUGGUGUACAACAAUAAGGUGUUUGGUGAGGAUUCAGUCGGAGUGAUUUUUAAAAAUGGUGAUGAUUUACGACAGGAUAUGUUGACACUCCAAAUGCUGCGCUUGAUGGAUUUACUCUGGAAAGAAGCUGGUCUGGAUCUUCGGAUGCUGCCUUAUGGCUGUUUAGCAACAGGAGACCGCUCUGGCCUCAUUGAAGUUGUGAGCACCUCUGAAACAAUUGCUGACAUUCAGCUGAACAGUAGCAAUGUGGCUGCUGCAGCAGCCUUCAACAAAGAUGCCCUUCUGAACUGGCUUAAAGAAUACAAUUCUGGGGAUGACCUGGACCGAGCCAUUGAAGAGUUUACCUUGUCCUGUGCCGGCUACUGUGUAGCUUCUUAUGUCCUUGGGAUUGGUGACAGACAUAGUGACAACAUCAUGGUCAAAAAAACUGGCCAGCUCUUCCACAUUGACUUUGGACAUAUUCUUGGAAAUUUCAAGUCUAAAUUUGGCAUUAAAAGGGAGCGAGUGCCUUUUAUUCUUACCUAUGAUUUCAUUCAUGUGAUUCAACAAGGAAAAACAGGAAACACGGAAAAGUUUGGCCGGUUCCGCCAGUGUUGUGAGGAUGCAUAUCUGAUUUUACGACGACAUGGGAAUCUUUUCAUCACUCUUUUUGCACUGAUGUUGACUGCAGGGCUUCCUGAGCUCACAUCAGUCAAGGAUAUACAGUAUCUUAAGGACUCUCUUGCCUUAGGAAAGAGUGAAGAAGAAGCACUCAAGCAAUUUAAGCAAAAAUUUGAUGAGGCACUCAGGGAAAGCUGGACUACUAAAGUGAACUGGAUGGCCCACACAGUUCGGAAAGACUACAGAUCUUAACGAUCAGCCUUUGCUCCUAAUGUAUUUGUUGGUUUCGUUUAGUUUUCCUUUUGCACUUGCACUAAAUUGUACAUGAUCCUGCUAGAGAUAAAGGGAAUGAAAUCCUGGAACCCAGAGUUAAAUUAAGAACAAGGCAUCCCACAGAACCUAAUCUGAACAAUCCCUGAUGACCACCCUCUGCUUUUUGAAUGCUUCCAAGAUUCGUCAUGAAAACUGUCAACAUUAUGGAUAAUCAUUUUCUGCUGACUUUGCACGCCAAGGAAUGCUACUAGAGAUUGUUUUUUGUCUUUCUCUCUCUUUAUUUUUUUUUUACUUGGUACUUUUCUGGAAAGGUGUAAAUACUUCUUUUUCAUAUUGUGACCAAGUGUUAUCACUCAGCCAGCUUAUCCACACCUGGGGACUGGUGGCUGUUCUUACUUUCCAAAUGAGGCUUAAAAGAAAGGUAUCUUUCUUCCCUUUUUAAAUUGUGUGAACUACAACUUAUAAUAUAAUUUGAAAUUAUGAUUAUUUUUCAAAAGAAAUCUUUUAAACCUGUGGAAACAUUAAUUCUUUUGUGGAUAUUUGUCUACCACGAUAGUAUCAUCCCAACCAGACUUGCUGAAAAUCUUCUGGUGAGGCAAAUAUAAUAUAUAUGCUGCGUAUAUAUUUAUAAAAUUUCUAGUGGGAGUUCUAUAUAAAAAGAUGUUUCUUUGGUUUUCUUCAUCCUGUGUUUUAAAGUUUUACAAAAAGCAGACUUUUUCCUGAGUUACUUUUUAGUUAACCACGUGAUCCAGUUCUUCCAGCUGCUUCUGUGAUGAGGCACAUGUUAAUACAGUUUUACAUGGUAUCUAUGAAAGAGUUCACUUCAUAGAGCGUAAUAUUUGAGCGAAUGUACCCAAAACAGAAAGCAAAUGAAAAGGAAACUUUAUGGAAUAAACUCCAGACCUAAAAUUCAGUAUUUUAGUAAAAUGCCAGCUGUUCUUACUAUAUUUAUUAAAACUUGUGAUAAUGUGAUUUUUCAAGGAUAUUAGUUCAAAUUGAAAUGGUUUCAUGCCACAUGGAAUUCUUUAAUUUAUUUGUUGAGGUACCAUAUAUUUAGGGUGCUAGAUGGCAAAUAAUGUUAAUAUGUGCAAUAGGAACUACUGGUUUGAAUGUGUAAAUGGAUGCUCUUUCUGAGUAUUGACAACAUCCAGCAAAACUACUGCUUAUUCUCCAAAGACUAUUGGGAGCUCUCAAUCCUCAAAGACAUGGGAAAGAGAACUGAGUAUUUGCCCUGUGACUGAGUUUUCUAUAGGAAUUUUAUUAAAGAUUGUUUAAUUUUGUUGUUCUCCUUAAUGUUCUCAGUCAAAUAAAUGGGUGAGCUGGUUUUGGCUGCUCUUGGGAUGUGUGGGCCUCUUCUUUAUAUGCAGCACAGGCCUUUGGACCUUGGCACUGGGCCUCUAAGAAAUGGCCAAGUCAAGACAAACCAACCUCAGGAGUAGGCUCAUGGUCUCGUCCUUAAUUUCUCUCCUUGUUUCCCAGCCCCAUCAGGCAGUGUGGGAGGCCUCUUGGACUUUGGUGGGAACCGGAGGCAAGAGGGUACCCUCAUUAAGUUUCCACAGCUUUGGGAGGUACCUUGAGGUCUUGGGGAAUGUCCCUUCAGUUACUCUGUACCCAAGCCAAGGCCAGACUGUAGCCACAUUGGAGCUUUCUUCCAUGGGGCAGAUGCUCAGAGCAGGUCACAGUUUCUUGGAAAUAACUUAGUUGAGGAUGGAGUUGACCUCUGAACUUAGCAUUCUGGACUAGACUUAGAGUUCCAGGAAUGGGACUGUAGAAGGCCAAGUUUGUUCAGGGAUCUUUGUCCAGUAGCAGUCAGCCAUUACAUGCACAGGUCGCAGGUCAGAGGUUUGGAGAGUGGUGAACGUUGCCAGGCAGAAGUGGGCACCACUGUUUCCAGAGGGGUCUCCUCAGCCUAUAAAUAUAUGCCAAAUCAGUGAAUGUGAAUGUCUUUAAGAACAAGAAAGGGAAAUGAACCUCCUCAGACAGUGCUGGACCUGAGCCUGGGAUGGCUCUUGACACGCCAUCUGUAGGCCCCCCAAAGAAGCCAGGAUACUGGCACAGUAGCCCUCAGUUGCUGCUGAGCACUCCUUGCAGGUGCUCCCUAAAUACUUGCUGAAUUGCAUAUCUCUGAUUCUCAGGGACUCUGGCUAAGCCAGAGGAGGUGGAAGGCAGAGGAAAGCCAGCCUCUGGGAUGGGUUUGGGGUCUGGGCUGCCUGGGAUCAGCUUCUUACAUGGGGGCUGGUUACCCAAUGCCUUGGCUGUUAAGUGCACUGGUCUACAAUGAAUCUAACCCCAAAACACUUGGCUCCCUGUCUUUUGGUCCUUUCCCAAGUUUCCCCAAAAUAAGGUUUUGGAAACCCCGUACAUUUCCAUACUUGAGGACAGCAGCUGUAUCUACCCGGUCUAGGAAGACAAAGGACAAGUUUGUUGAACAAGUAAUUCCUGAGUAUCCACCUCAUGUCUGUAGGCAGACCCUGGGCUGCAGAGGCCAAUAUUUGCCAUCCAGCUCUGCCUCUGUGAUCCUUGAGUAAGGUAUUUAUUUUAUUUCUCAGAGUCUGAGCUUCCUGGUUUGUAAAAUGAGACUGAUAAUAACUGCCCCACUCACUUCUGUGGGGUGGGGAGAGGCUAGGUUAAGACUGUGAAUGGGAACAUAUGCUGAGUCCCAAUUCAGAGGCAAACUCAUUUCUUUCCCUGCUUCCUCCUCUUGAAGGCCACUGAAGGGAGGAAUCUCAGGCAAGGAAAGCCCUUCCAGAGCUCUGUCUCUGUCUCCUGUCUGGGGUGACCCCUCCAGUGCAUUCUCAGUUCUGCCUUGUUCUGCCCAUAGCCCUGACUGUCAGCACCAGACCUCAGCCAGGCAGCCUAUAAUGCAGGUGUCACUUAUCUGCAGAAGGUGAAAGAUUGGUCCACGGGGUGGAAAGCAGAGUGGUACUGUGCCAUGUGACCCUGACUCUUGGGGAUGGGCAGCUCUUAGAAAGGAGCGGGCAGGGGCUGGGGUUUCUUGGAAGAGAGGGUCUCUAAGCUGAGUUUUCAAGGACAACUUUGAGCUAGGUGAAGGGAUGAUGGGAAGAGCAGACUGGGCACAAAGGUACAAUAUAUAUGAAGGUCUGGAGGUGAGAAAAAGCAGAGUUCAUGGGCAUUAACAGCUGAACAAUUGUUUCUUUCCACCUACCUCUUUCCCUUCACUCCAGAAUGCUGCUUCUCUUCUCAGGGAACCAGGUAGGAUCUAAACACCAGUUGUCAUCCUGGACCCUCUUCCUCUUUUAGUAUCUGUGGCAGUUAUAAUUAUCCCCUUUUCUGAAGAUGGAAAAACUGUCUGCCAUCACCUUCUGGAUUAUUCCUACUCUAAAAUGUAUAACUAAUGGAUUUUUGAAACUCAUGGUUCCUUUCCACUUUUAACAAAUCCCAGGUUCAACACUCAGAAACGUUUGACCUUUCAGACCUUCCCUACCUUCCUCUCUUCUAUUUUUUUACUGUGAAAAAUGGCACAUAGAGAAAAGUGCAUAAAACCAUAACACGUAUAAAUAACAUCAGUAUGUUAUGGAGCAAACACCCUCGUAACCACCACACAGGUCAAGAAAGAACAUUGCCAACACCUCAGAAGCCCCCCAAGUUCCCCUUCCUGGUCAGGACUCCCUCCCUCUCUGCCAAGGUAAUCACUAUCUCUUCUUUUAUGGCAAUCAUCUAUUUCUUUAUUUUAGAGUUACACUGCCUAUUUUUUGGGUCAGGCAUCUUUCACUCAACAUUGUGUUUUUAAUAUUCAGCCACAUAGUUGCAUGUAUCUCUGGUUCAUUCUGUAUCGUCACUGUAUAGUAGUCCAUGUUAUGGAUAUCUCAUAAUUUGUAUAUUCUUCCUACUGUUGGGACGCAUCCAGGUUGUUUCUAGUUUGAGGCUAUUACAAACAAUGCUGCUAUGAGAAUUAUAAUGUAUCUGCUGGUUCACAUAUGUACAUAUUUCUUUGGAUGUGUAUAUUUAAGAUUAAAAUUGAUGGGUCAUAGGA